UGCAACAAACUCAGAAUGGCUCUCAUGUAUCUGUUUCGUGAGAGUAGUGGCUCUUCUCCUGCCCAGGAUUUUGAGAAAUCUCUGAAUGCAAUACGGCUACAAGCAGCGGAGAUGAAACUGAAACUUAUUCAUGUUGUCGGGGAUAGUGAGCAGAAGAUUACACGUCUUCAGGAUACUCUGCAGCAAGCAACAUUGAAAGCGGAGCGCAUGCGUUCUCAGCUGGUUGACAUAGCAGAUGCCAUGGGGGAGUUUGUUGUGGAUGAUGAUGUCCUGGACUUGAAGUCAGUUCUGUCAGAGGCAACUGCGGCAAUAUCUCAGCCUAGCACGCUGGUGGACAAUUCCAUGUCUCUGAGGGAGGCCAUUUGUUGGGGCACAGCUGGGAUGGGGCAUGGCAAAGCGAGUCUGCCGAUGGAACCGCGGUCACAGAUGGGACAACUUCCACGUUCGAAGGAGGGGGAAGACCCCAGGACUGCUACAUGGAGCCGCGAGAAUGAGGCUGCACUUCCGCCGCCUCUGUUUCCUGCAGGCCUGGACGUCCCACUGAGCUCAGGUGGAACAACGGUGCUGAAGAACUUGUUCCGUGAUGGCCGGAGCACAUUCAGUUCAUUGCUGUCAAAGGAGGACUGGCAAGAGGCGGAGAUAGAGUCCCAGAAGCUGAUGGGUGUUGCAGACCGUGCUGCUUAUCAUGCUCUGCAGCAGGACACUAGAGAGGCUACAAACAAUACUCUAACUGGCCGUGUAGAUUUUGGCACAGGAUACCAUCCUGACAGACUCAAUCUGCAGAGGGUUAUGGCAGGAGGUCUGUGGGCAUACUCAAAACAGCUUCCCUCGUAUCAGAAAGGGGUUGGAUCUCCUCGCUGUGGGGCUAACCGAGGGCGAAAUGGAAGGAGAAGCCAACGUCGGCAAUGCAAAAAACCGAGCAAUGGUCCAGAUAGGUCAGAAGCCCCUCGGAAGCCAACGGGUCUCCUGAAGUUGGCAGAGACGAUCAGAAAUUUUCGGACUGAGAAGGAUGAUCUGGAAAUGAGGCUUAGGGUUGCUGAGGCCGCAAAUGCAAAGCUUGCUGAACAAACCAGUAUUGCAGACAAGAUGGGAAACAAAUUGGUGCUGGAAAAUAGGGCUUUGACAUUAUCCCUGGAGAAGAUUAACAGAGAAAAGGAGGCCCUACAGGUCAGAAUGGCCAUGACAGAGUCAAUCGUCCGAGAAGUGGCCAAGCUGGGAGACCAGGAUCUCACAAUGUUUGGGCUGUCAGAGGACCCACGGUCCAAUCAGAUGUUCCUAUUGCGUGGCUCUGGUCCUAAAGGGGUUCGAAGGGGUAAUGGUACCAAUGUUCAAGGAGGGGCACGAGUACCAACAACAGCUAAAGGGGCUCCAUUGCCAGUUCAAGGAGCAGGUCCCAAAGGUAUUGGUGGAGGAACAGGUGUUGAGGAAGUGAGCAACAGCCAAGGGGGUGUCACUGAUGAUCAGGCGGACGAGGAGCAUGCAUGGAGAGCAGAACUGGAAAGGCUGAGAGGUGUGAAAUUGUUGUUUCUGACCCUUGCGAGGAAUUUCAAAGUCAGUUUGAACAGCCUUGCGGAGGCCAUUGCGGAGAAGGAUAAGUUUAAGUCCAAGUUACAAGGCCUUGUUAAGGAUAUAAGUGGAGUCAGCCUCGAGGAUCUUGAUCAGUUGCAGACGAGCGAUGAUGGGGAAGAUGAUGCCGAAGAGGAGGCACAGCGGCCCAAUGAUAGUGCGGUGAUGGCAUCGAGUGAAGGGGCUGCUACAAAAAGAAAAAGGGGUCCUAAGAGAAAAACAGCACUAACAGUUGAGGAAAUUGCUUGGGUCAUCAAGGGCUUGCGGAAUGACAACAAGAAGCUUCAGGCAAAGGUUGAGAAGCUGCAGGUAAGACUGGAGUCUUCUGAAGUGCAGCGGCGAAGAGCACAAGCUGCUAUAAUGACUCUGGAGAAAGAGCUGAGUGACCCUCUGUGGUCAACUGAUGGACAAGGCAAGUCAGAAGAAGGGCCAUUUUCGAUUGCAGAUAGUAUGAGUCCAUCUCGUCUGGUUGAGCGCCAACUUAAAGAGCUGGGAAGAUCAACCAGUGUAAAGGAACCCGUGAUUGGUGAUGUGGCUCCGGUUGAUGAGCCAGACAGUGAACAGUAUGUGAGGUACAACGCAGAGCAGCUCCAGAGCCGGUUCACCUGGAUUCUCACGAGACUAAGGGAGCAACGCGUUUUUCAAAAAGAGAGAGUGGCUGAAUUAGAGGUUCUGCUGUCCAGGGUAUCGAAAGAUGCUGAGUCUGCCAAAUCCAAGCUGCUAGCUUCAGAGAGCUUGCUGCAGCUCUAUGAGGAUGAGGUUAUGACUCACGGUGAGAACAGGUCAAGUGAAGACACCAGGGUGCCAACGGAAGGUGGAACGAAGGCAGGAAGGAGUCCCAGUCAACGAUGGAAAGGCCGCAUUCGAACGUCCGUCCUUGCACGGUUGCAGUCAAAGGGGUUUUCAAAAGACUCAAAGGCCUCUAUGGUGUCGCGGUCCAAAAAACAAAGCAGUGAUGCUGAGACUGACAACAACGAUGAUGAGGAAGCCAUCACCGCGAAUGAUGAUAACGACGACGACGACGGCAAAGAAGAAGAAGAAGAAGAAGAAGACGAUGACGAUGACGACAUCAAAGAGGAAGAAGAAGAAGAAGAAGGAGAAGAAGAAGAAGAAGAAGAAGAAGAAGAAGAAGAAGAAGAAGAGGAGGAGGAGGAGGAGGAGGAGGAGGAGGAGGAGGAGGAGGAAGAAGAAGAAGAAGAAGAAGAAGAAGAAGAAGAAGAAGAAGAAGAAGAAGAAAAACAUGGCAUGGCGAAGACGAAGACGAAGACGAAGACGAAGACGAAGACAAAGACGAAGACGAAGACGAAGAAGACGAAGACGAAGAGGAAGAAGAAGAAGAAGAAGAAGAAGAAGACGAAGAAGAAGAAGAAGAAGAAGAAGAAGAAGAAGAAGAAGAAGAAAAACAUGGCACUACAAAAGACGAAGACAAAGACGAAGACGAAGACGAAGACGAAGACGAAGACGAAGAUGAAGAAGAAGAAGAAGAAGAAGCCGGUGGUGGUGGUGGUGUCGGACCUUGAAAAGAGGGAGCGGUUUGAACUGUUCACUGUGGAGACCCUUGAUCAGCUCCUGCGUGGCAUGACAGCCAUCUACAACGCUGAUGUGACCUCAUGGAGCGACCCCACUACGAUGAGACCUAGCCUUGAGAAUCACCUAAGUGUGAUCGAGCAGAACAGUACCAUUGUGGCAAGCAGUGUGAAAAAAGAUGGCGAUGAUCAGACUAGAGCCAAGGUCUUCUCUGAGGCAGAACCUCAAUCUGGACCUUUGGCUGAAGUGCUGCAUGAAUCCUCACUUUACGGGAAUGUCUCCAGUGAUGCUGUCAGUCCAAAGCCACCAGCAACAGGGAAACAAGGAGAAGUAUGGAGCAUGAAAGAUCCCCCGGACUGGAUGAUGGGUCAAUUGACUCUAAAAAUGUUAGGCAAAGCAUCCAACCGCCUCCACAAGCUAACGAUGAAAUGGAAGGACCUGGAAGACUCAAAAGCACAGCUGCAAUCAUCCCUCUCGGAGACAGAAAAAAGGCUCACUUCAGCUCUGCAAAAUGUUGAGCGAUCGGCGCAGGAAUGUGGACAUCUGCUGCAGUUGAUAUCUCAGGCCGAAGACAUUAUUAAGGGGGACCGAGUCAACUCUCCGGUACCUGUGAAACCAACUGGCUUUCGUAGACAUUCUAGGAUUAGCCCUCAUGGUUCGCAGACUGAGUUAAGGACUUUUAUGGCACAGUCAAAUGAACAUGGUACUGACCACAGUCGGCAGAAUGCUGAGAAGAGGGAUGGCAAUGUCUUGGGUGGCACGUCUUCAGGAACUCCCACUUCGUCUCAUGUCCAUCCCCCGACGCCAUCAUUUCUUGAACGAGUUAGGGGCCUGCAUAGUGCCUACGAGAAAGGAAAGGAAGAGAACAAAGAUCUGAGGAGAGACCAUGUAGAGCUGAAAAAACAGUUCUCUCUGGCAAACAAACAUCUGGCCGAGAUGCUGGCCUUUAUGGAUGAGAUGGAAGGCAGUUCAGGCGGCAGGGAAGAGGAUAAGACCAGUGAUGUGGCUGCAGACACAUCCCACAGUGGUGCGGUUGACACAGAGGGAGAAGCAGAUGGUGAGCAGAGUGCUGUCGAGGGAGGUGCCACAUGGAAGCGUGCAUCAAAAUCAGUAGAGAAGAUGAAGAAGCUGAAGGAAGAGUUGCAGGCAGUGAAACUGGAUGUGGCUGCUAGAGUGAGGGAGAGGGAUGGCUUUCGCGUGCAAGUGGAAUCCCUUCAGGAGGAGCGGAGAAACAUGCGCACAUCUGUGAACACAUUGCAGAAGCAACUAGAGACACAAACUGCAGCAAAUGAGAAGCUGAAGUCUGAGACGAACUUGUUAAUGUCCAAAAGCAAGGAGUUGACAGGAGAGAGGGAUGCUUUGCUACUUCAAAAGGAACAGCUGGAGAGUAGGACCCGAUCGGAGAUGGAGAGGAUAAAAGGUGAGAGGAUCUCCCUGGAGACUGAGCUCGGUUCUCUGCAGGGCAGACAGCGCUCUCUGAAGGCUGAACGGGACUCUCUGAUUGCUGAGCGGGAUUCACUGAAGGUCGAGAGGGAUGAUCUAAAGACGCAGAGAGAAACUCUCUUGUCCAAGGUGGCAUUGACAGCCCUUGGAGCAAUUGGAGCUGGAGAAGAAGGGUCUGGCAUACGGGCACAGUUGCCAGUUCACAGCAGUUUCCAGGAUGGUGAAGGCCCUGGAGGGCAUAAAAGGAUAAGUGGGGGUGCUGAAGGCACAGCACAUAUGGGUGCUGAUGGCGAGGCGAAGUUGCAGAGCCCAUCGGAAAUGGCAAAGGAGCAAAAGCAGGUCAUUGAGUUGGGCUCAGGUGAAGCAGGCAAAGGUGGGAAGGCACUCGUGUCGCUGCAGGUAGGUGAGGAUGCCUAUGAGCAGGUGUCAGGAAAGGUGGAUGGUGACACCAGCACAUCUGGGAGAAGCAGUAGGAGAGAGAGUCUUGUUGAGGUUGCAGGGUCUGUGGCAGCUCGUAUUCAACAAUUGCGAUUUGAAAAGCAACAAUUGGAAAAGGAGAGGGACGAUGCAAAGGCGAAACUUAAGGAAGCUAUGCAGGAGGUGGAGCUCUUGCACAAGCAGACUGAAGGUAUGCGGCUACCAAACACGAAAUCUGCAAGAAAUCCAAGAGAAGACAGAUCAGUAAGGGAGAUAGACAGAGCAAGUCACAGACCUAGAGAGGUCAUUGCUAUCCCUUCAGGCCAAGGAGACGGCUCUUCUACGUCACAGGUUUCUGGCUUGGCAGAUGUCCUAGGGAUGGGCAUCUCAAAGGAGACGAGCAUGGAAGAAGGUGGAGCAAAGGGGGAAAGUGAGGCUGCUGCGAAGCAGAGAAACCAGGAAAGUACAGAAGCCAAAGAAUUAGGAAAAAUUCAGGGCAAGGAUGUUGACAAAACAGAUGUAAAAGCAGCGAAGACUCGGGCAAAUGCUACAGACGAGUCCAAAGACAGUAAACCAGAGACUGAGCCAGUGGCACAUGCACGGGAAAGCCAGGAGAAGAAGCUACAGGUUUUGCUGGACUAUGUACGGCAUGUUAAGCAAAUACUCGUGACUGCUGAGACUUGGUGUGAAAGUCACAGUCUGGGAGAUGGGGCUGCAUCUGGUCCUAGGCAAAUGGAUGGGACAUUAUCAGAAGCGCCUCACAAGACGGGUGUGAGCCAAGGGCCAGACGCCCACCCUUCACCGAGGGCAGAUAGAUCUGCUGCUGCGGCUCAUAAGGAUGUGAACUCGUCGGGUGUUGAAGGAGGUGGGGGCAACAACCAGCCGCACCUACAGAAGACGACCAGCCGAAAGGUUAGUGCGAACAAAGGGGCGCAUGUUACUGGCCCAAAGGCUGAAGAGAGAGAUGAAGGUGAAACCCUGCUCAUAGAGGUCAAAAGGUUUGUGGAAAUUGUGAGGACUUGUGUUGAAAGGAAGGAGCAACAGCUCAAACAGGAACGAGAGAAAGCCGCCCAGUUGGAACAGGACAAAGUUAAUUUGGAUUCUGAGUCAGGAAAAAUUUAUCAGCGACUUGAAUUUUUCAAAACUGAAGUUCUGCGUGCCGGAGGUUUGGACUUGGACGAUCCAAUCGAGCAGGAGAGAUUGGAAGCAGCAAAGCUGAAGGUUAAGGCACACUUGGCCUCACUGAAACCCUUAAAAACUGGGAAGUCACCUGAACCAGGCAAGCCAGCAGCAGAGGCAGGGAGAACACCUGGCAAGCGAACACGUGCAGGGAGUGUGUAUCGGCAUAAUCUGGCAGCAGCAUCAAUCGUCAACCCGCUAAACCAGCUGGCACGUUACCAGGUGGCGUUGCUGUUGAAUGACCAGGUGUGCCAAGAAUUUGAUGUUGGCAGCUCCACAGGGGGUGUUUACCAAGCUGCGAUACACUACUUCACUGUGGAUGUGAAUACGGGUGAGGUUAGCUUCGAUACGAUGAUUCCUCCGGGUUCCCAGUCAUCGAACAUGAUAGUGGAUCUGGUGCUGGUGGGUGCAGCUCCCGCAUGUUCCCUCGUUGGAGGCUUGAGCACGGAUGUGGCUGCUACGGGGUUCCCCGUAAUACUGCAAUGAAAAUAAAAAAGGCCUGAAAGG